AUGAGUGAUAAUAUUGAAGGGAGUACUCUUAACCAAAUUACUAUUGAAAAUGGUGACUCACCGACGCUGACUGACAUUAAAAGACUAGGUUGGGACGAUAAGGAAUUUGUCAAAUCUAAGCUUUCUAUCAAUGAAAUUUCUGAUAAAGACAAAUCCGAUAAUCCUAAAGACAAACCCAAGGUUUAUAUCAAUGAAAUUUCUAAUAAUCAAUGUGUAGUUAUACAAAUAUUGUUCAAUCUGGAAAAAGGAAAAAUCAUCGAGUAUCCUAAGAAGAUUGGAAACAAAAUCAAAAAAGAUAACGAAGGAAAAGGCAGAAUCAUCAUUUUAUGGAAAGUUAGGGGAAAACAUUUAAGUUGUUCUAAAAUUUAUAAGUAUAGUAAGGAAUUUGUCAAAUCUAAGCUUUCUAUCAAUGAAAUUUCUGAUAAAGACAAAUCCGAUAAUCCUAAAGACAAACCCAAGUAUUGUUCAAUCUGGAAAAAGGAAAAAUCAUCGAGUAUCCUAAGAAGAUUGGAAACAAAAUCAAAAAAGAUAACGAAGGAAAAGAAAAAUAGCGAGUCAAAAGAAACCCCUAAAUUAAUGAUGUUGAGAAGAAGCAAUAAAGAUGAAAAAAAAUAUAAAAUAUAUUCCAUGGAAUAUAACAGCAAUGCCGAUGACCAUUUAGAACUUCUCGAUACACAUAAUAUUUAUAGUGAUGAAACCCCAAAGAUUUAUUACGAUGACAAUCAUUUUCUUGCUGCUGCUAGUCAUUCAUUGAUAUCGGAAUGGGAUCGUAUGAGUCAGAAUCGUUUUUACGGCAAUUACAAUUACUAUUACAAACAAAAUUAUUACUUAAAAUCUAAUGAUUAUAUGGUUCUUAAUAAAAAAAGUAAUGCGGAAGAGGCAUUGAUGGUGGCUGAUUAUCGUCAAGAUUCGAAGCUAGUAGUCUAUUCAUUAGAGCGUAAUAUAACAGUUUCAUCAUUUGAAUUUAAGGAAAAAGUUCAUAUUAAAAAAGUAGAUUUCAUUUAUGUAAAAAGUGACACAUUGGUAUUUGAGGAGGAAAAUGAUGAUGUGGUGGCUGAAUUGGAGGAAAAAUCAAAUAAAGGAUUAUUCGAUGAUAUUUGGACUCAAUAUUUGGACUUAACAAAAGAAAAUGCAGAUGAUGAUUUAUCAAGUUUAAAUGAUGAAAUUAAUAAGAUUUCGACAAAAUAUUGGGAAUCAACAACAAAUAAAGAAAGAGAAGAAGAUAUAGCAAAAUUCAAUAAUAAAAUUAAUAAAGUCAAAGAGGUUUCUUCAAAAAAAUAUUGGAAGGAAAGAAGAGAGGACAAAAAAAAAUUAGCAUGUUUAGAAGAUGAAGUCAAUAAAAUUCAUAAAGCUUCUUUGGAAAAAUAUUGGACAUCAAAGGAAAAAGAGAGAGAAUAUUUAGUAAAAUUAGAAAAUAAAAUCAAAGGAAUCGAAGGUAAUAUUUCAAUAUCAACAACAGAAAAAGUAAAAAAUGAUUUAGCAAAAUUACAAGUUAAAAUCAAUAAAAUCAAAGAAAAUUAUUGGACAUUAGAGAAAAAAGAAAAAGAAGAUUUAGUAAAAUUAGAAGAUAAAAUCAAAAAAAUCAAAGAUUUGAAUCAAAAAGAAAAUGAAUAUUUAACAGAUUUAAAAAAUGAAAUUGAUGAAAUCAAUGAAAUCAAUGAUUUGGAUCAAU